AUGUCUGACUCAGGGAAGAUCACCAUUUCCAUCGAUCGCGGUGGCACUUUUACAGAUGUCCACGCGAUUCAACCUGGUCGUCCAGACAUUAUCCUGAAGCUUCUCUCCGUUGAUCCAUCUCACUAUCAGGAUGCCCCCACCGAGGGCAUCCGUCAGAUUCUAGAGCUGGCUACCGGGGAGCCACAUCCCCGCGGCCAACCAUUAAAGCUCGACCGGAUUGGCUGUCUGCGAAUGGGCACAACGGUUGCAACAAAUGCAUUGCUUGAGCGCAAAGGUGCUCGUUCAGUACUUUUCACAACCAAAGGUUUCCGAGAUUUAUUGAAAAUUGGCGAUCAGUCCCGGCCGGCCAUUUUUGAUCUAUCAAUGGCUCGCCCUGGGGUGCUGCCAGAAAGUGUCGUCGAAGUCAACGAACGUGUGCUGCCCUGCCAUCCCUCCGCCGACAGCGACUGUUUCUCGGAAUGCCGGAUGGUAGAGGGAAUCACUGGUGAGAAAUUCCGAGUUGUUCAAGAGCUGGAUGUCGCGCAAGUGCAAUCAGAACUUCAGCGUUUGAAACACCAAGGGAUCCAGUCCCUUUCUGUGGCACUCUUGCAUUCCUACGCAUAUCCAGACCACGAGCGUCAGAUCGGCGAGCUCGCCCAAGAAAUGGGCUUCUCUGUCACCCUCUCUUCGAACCUCCAACCCAUGAUCAAGAUCGUGCCUCGUGGCAUGUCAGCUGCCGCCGAUGCCUACCUCACACCGGUCAUCAAGACAUACAUUGACUCCAUCUCUUCUAGCUUCGAGGGUGGCUUGGGAAGCCAGCAAGAUUGUCGAUUUGAGUUCAUGCAAUCUGAUGGUGGACUGGUCGAUUUCCGCAAAUUUAGCGGAUUGAAGGCUAUUCUGUCUGGUCCUGCAGCUGGUGUGGUAGGAUUUGCAGCCACCAGUUGGGACCCAACCGAGAAGACCCCCGUCAUUGGUUUUGACAUGGGUGGCACCAGCACUGAUGUAUCCAGGUUCGAUGGUCACCUUGACCAUGUCUUUGCAUCCAAGGUGGCAGGCGUGAUGAUCCAGUCUCCUCAGCUCGACAUCAACACUGUCGCUGCUGGGGGUGGAUCCAUUCUGACUUGGCGCAAUGGCCUGUUCUAUGUCGGACCCGAGUCUGCAAGUGCCCAUCCCGGUCCGGCGUGUUAUCGAAAGGGAGGCCCUCUCACCGUGACAGACGCCAAUCUGUUCCUUGGUCGUCUGCUUCCGGAAUACUUCCCCAAGAUCUUUGGCCCCAACGAGGACGAACCUUUGGACACAGAGACGACUGCACGCUUGUUCACUGAGCUCACGCAAAAGAUCAAUGUCGAGCGCCGACAGCAAGGCCAGGCUGAAUAUUCCCCGGAGGAUGUCGCACUUGGCUUCCUCAAAGUCGCAGACGAGUCCAUGUCCCGCCCAAUCCGCAACCUCACAGAGGCUCGAGGCUUUGAGACUGCGUCCCAUCACUUGGCUUGCUUUGGAGGUGCUGGCGGCCAGCAUGCGUGCUCAGUGGCUGAAACGCUUGGAAUCUCUCGCAUCAUCAUUCACAAAUAUUCCUCCGUUCUGUCAGCCUACGGUCUCGCUCUGGCAGAGGUUGUCAAGGAGUCGCAGGAGCCUGUGUCAACCGUCUACCUGUCAUCCCAAUCUGCCCUUCUCGAACAGCUCGACAACAUGGCAUCAUCAGCAACCAAGGACAUGGAGCUCCAGGGCUUCGCUUCCACUCAAGUGCGUCAUGAUAAAUACUUGAACAUGCGCUAUGAAGGGUCCGAUACCAGCCUGAUGAUCCUGAAGCCCGAGAACUCGUCAGACUUCCUCGAGGAAUUCCGCAUCCGCCAUCGCCGCGAAUUUAAUUUCAACUCCGAGCGCCCAGUUCUCGUGGACGAUGUUCGAGUGCGCUCCAUCGCUUCGUCCAAGGUACGAACUGAACAAAGUCCCUUGGUUCAACUGAAGAACGCCAAUAUUCGAGAUGUCACCGCCGCUCCAGCCUGUACAACUGCAGCCUAUUUCGAUGGCCACUCGAGUCGGAUCGAUACGCCAGUUUAUCUCCUGGGUGAAUUGGAGAAGAACUCUCGCAUCUCUGGCCCUGCCGUCAUUAUUGAUCAGACCCAGACAAUCGUCGUGGCUCCCAACGCUGUGGCGAAUCUGCUCGACACCUGCAUUGUCAUGGAUCUCAAGGAUGAACCAACCUCUUCUACCGGCAGCGCCAUUUCAUCGGAAAUCGACCCCAUCAGACUUACGAUCUUCGGACAUCGUUUCAUGUCUAUUGCCGAACAAAUGGGUCGCACACUGCAGAAGACUUCUGUCUCAACGAACAUCAAGGAGCGGUUGGAUUUCUCUUGCGCUCUUUUCUCGCCCGACGGGGGUUUGGUGGCAAACGCCCCCCACGUUCCGGUUCAUCUUGGAUCGAUGCAAUUCGCCGUACGAUACCAGCAUGAAAAAUGGCUAGGAAAUCUGAAGGACGGUGAUGUUCUCGUGGCCAAUCAUCCCAGUUGUGGAGGCACUCAUCUGCCUGAUAUCACAGUCAUCACGCCUGUCUUUGAUCGACCUGGUGGCUCCAACAUCAUGUUCUACGUGGCUUCCCGAGGUCAUCAUGCUGAUAUCGGCGGUAUCCUGCCUGGGUCAAUGCCUCCCAAAUCCACAGAGCUGUGGCAGGAAGGUGCUGCCAUUGAAGGCGACAAGAUUGUCAGCGAUGGUGUCUUGGAUGAGGCACGCCUGAUUGAAUUGCUGGUUACAAAGCCCUCGCAAUACCCAGGCUGCUCUGGAGCACGGUGCCUCAGCGACAAUCUGUCCGACCUCAAGGCACAGAUUGCCGCCAACACCCGUGGAAUCACCUUGAUCCAAGCUCUGUUCAGUGAAUACGGAACCCAGACGGUGCAAAAGUACAUGUACGCCAUCCAAGCAACUGCCGAGUCUGCUGUGCGCAAUCUACUCAAGGAGCUAUAUCAGAAGUUCGACGGUCAACCAUUGGAGUCGGUUGACUACAUGGAUGACGGUACCCCAAUUCGAUUGAAGGUCACUAUAGAUGGUACCGAUGGAUCCGCUGUCUUCGACUUCGAGGGCACAGGCCCCGAGGUAUAUGGCAGCUGGAAUGCUCCUAUCUCCAUUACUCACUCGGCCAUCAUCUAUUGCCUGCGCUGCAUGAUCAAUGCAGAUGUUCCAUUGAACCAAGGAUGCCUGGCUCCCAUUGACAUCCGCGUUCCACCGUCUACCAUUUUGUCGCCCAGCAAGACCGCUGCCGUUGUUGGCGGCAAUGUUGUGACCUCACAGCGCAUCACUGAUGUCGUCUUGAAAGCCUUCCAGGCUUGCUCCGCGUCUCAAGGCUGUUGCAAUAAUUUGACCUUCGGAACUGACGCUAAGCUUGACCCGUCCACUGGUGCCGUCGUGACUCCUGGAUUUGGAUACUACGAGACUAUUGCCGGUGGCAGCGGAGCUGGCCCAACUUGGAAGGGCGAGUCCGGUGUACAUGUUCACAUGACCAACACGCGGAUCACCGAUCCAGAGAUCUUGGAAAAGCGUUACCCGACGAUGCUUCGUCAAUUUACACUUCGCGAGGGCUCUGGCGGCAAGGGCAAGAACCCAGGUGGUGAUGGAGUGGUUCGAGAUAUUGAAUUCCUUUCGCCGAUGCAAUGCUCGAUCCUGUCAGAGCGACGCGUCCAUCGACCUUAUGGACUCCAGGGUGGCCAAGACGCGCAAACUGGAUUGAAUAUUUGGAUUACGCGAGAUGCUGAGACUGGUGAGGAGCGUCGAAUCAACAUUGGUGGCAAGAAUACUGUUUCAAUGGGGACACACGAUCGCAUUGUGAUCAACACUGCCGGCGGUGGAGGUUGGGGCGCCGUAUGA